CCACACCGGAAGUGGCGAAACGCUUAAGGGGCCCCUUGUGCGAGUGGAGGGGGCAGUCUUGCUUGUUUUUAUGCUUUUUCCCUCUGAACAUAAUGUAGGAGAUAAAUACACAAGACGGCGUCGUUAAUAAGUACCGGUUAUAUUUACAGGAAGGUGUUACAGUUGUUGUUUUUUCCCCACACGGUGUUUCCUGUCAUGUAGUCGCGUGCGCGUUUUAAGAAGUCAGCCGCGGGAAAGUUUGUUUGCGUUUUAGCUUGUUACUAGGUAUCUGAGCUGGCAAAAAUAACAAGAUAAAAGUGUCCCCGUUUCUAAAACACGUCCGAAACCUGAAUUCUGCGCUUUUUCUUUGUCUUCCAUGAGCAAUAUUACUGUGAGGGAGAAACCCCCCGUGUUUAGACUGCUCUUCGGCUGCUUUCAGGAGCUGUCAUGUCUGUGAAGUUCAAGUCCGAGGCUGAACCGGUAGCUAUAACCAGAGCAGCUCGCCGCAAGGCUGAAGGAAAGCAGCUCAAAAAGCCUCUGAAAUCCCUGGUGGAGCCCAUGCUCCUGGCACCACAGCUACUCGGUGGGCUGGGGCAGUAUGUAUGCAGCGUGUGCGGUGACACGUUUGCGUCGCUGGCACAGCUGGCCAGACACGUGCAGUUCCACGAUCGUGACCGGCCAUUCCCGUGCGCCAUUUGUGGAAAGCGUUUCCUGAGCCGCAGCCACCACGAUGAGCACCAGCGAGUGCACACAGGCGAGCGGCCCUUCCCCUGCGACCGCUGCGAACGCUCCUUCACCACCCACCACAACCGCAAGCGCCACCAGAUGAUCCAUGACAAGGAGGAGGCAUACCGCUGCACCAUUUGCGGUGUGCUCUUCUGCCAGGACCACCAGCUUGGCAAUCUCAGCGGCAUCAUCCGCGUGCUCAAGCAGCAGGAAAACACGAAACCAGUUAUGAGAAUCAAAACCAAGAUCAAGCUCGAACCGGAUUCCGCUAACGAACAAGAAAAAAAGGUCAGGAAGAACAAAAGGCGUAAGCAUAAAUAUUCCCAUUUUGAAGAAGACUCUUCCCAUUUUGCCGAAGAAGAAGACGACAGCAGAAUGUCAUUCCGCUCUGACGUCUCACCGGUUCCUAACAAUAAAGAGGCACAUGUUCCUGAAGCAUUGCACAGAGCAACUCCAAGGAUAAGGAAGAUUGCCUAUGACAUGGAGGUUAUCCUGUAAACCACAGGUUACUGAAGUAUACCCUCUCCUGCAUAUUUUAGUGUAAGUAGCAAAACACUAAUAUGUGCGGGACAGGGGAUUCUCCAGGACCAGGGUUGGGAACCACUACUGUAAACCAUCACCUGAUGAUGCAGUAGUGUGAUAUGAGAAUGUGUGGUGCAUCGUAGUGCUCCACAACAGAAUGAAAACGGUGGUUGGUGAGAAAGCAUGAUAAGUAUAGCUAUACCAUUGUUUUUUGAUUGUACUGAAACAGACUAACCUUUAUAAAAUACUACAACACUCUAACACCAAAUAUAGAUUAACUGACCGCUCGGACAACUCAGUAGUUUUUUUGUUAGUUUGUUUUGUUUUCACAGAUUAUAUUUUUAUGGCAACAUAGAUCAUUUUGCUUUCCUACUUAUGAAUCUUGUAUGCUUUUCCUUUUGACACUUUUUUCUUACAUUUAUGACAUGAAUCUUAUUCCUCCUACAUAAUUAUGUGCAUGACACUCUAGCAUAUUUAGUUACACUGAAUAAUUAUAUCUAAUUAAAAAAUUCCUUAUUUAGCAACUGUGUAGCAACGGUAUGCUGAGAUUGCUGUCUUCUUUUUCUUCUUCUGUCUUUGUAGACCUCUGACUGUAAGAGUAAUCAAAAUAAAUUUAGUUUGUAUCACA